AUGCUUCAAAAACACCAAAAUAAUUUAUAUUUAUUACUUUUUCUCCUCCUAUUUUCUUUCUUAUUUAUUUUAAAUAAUUUAUUUUUUAAUUCAAAUAUAAUUUCCGAAAAUAAUUCUGAUUUAAAUAUUGAAAAUAAAGGAAGAAUUUUUGUUUUAAAAAAUAAAAAAGAAAUUGAAAUUUUGAAAGAAUUACAAAUUAAUUAUUUGAAAAGGAAUAUUAGAAAAAGACGAGCAAUUAGCAAUACAAAUUUUGGAGUUAAAUAUUAUUAUGUUAGCAGAAACAAAAAUGGAAAUAAAAACAAUUAUUAUUAUUAUUUUAAUAAUGAAGCAAAGAAAAAACAAAAAUUCAAAAAAUAUUCAUUAUUAUCAAUAAUUACAGCAAAAAAUACAAAUAAAUGUCCAAGUAAAUUAGAUGCUGUUACUGAAGGCUAUAAUAAACGUUUAUAUUUAUUUUCUGGUGAAAUUGUUUAUGAAGUAUUUCGAGAUAUUUAUGGACUUCAACAAAGGCAAGCUUAUUUAAUUAGAGAAUUAUUUCCAAAUGGCCCAAGACAAGUUACUGCCGUCUUGAGUAAUCAGAAAAAUGGAAUUACUUUACUAAUUGCUUGGAGAAGUGUUUAUCGUUAUAGAUGGAAUAACAAGAAUAAACGAUUUUAUAUGGCAAAGAAUAGUCCACGAGAAUUACCUUUUAAUAUUACUUUUGUUCCUCGUAUAGGAUUUCAAUGGAAUAGAGGACAUUUAAUUUUAGCUAAUUUAUACGAUUUGCAUAAACACAAAAUUGGAAUAGAAAUGCCAAUAAAUUUGUCAAAAUUUAUAGCUUGUCUGCUUUCUCCAAAUUCAACAAUUGGAAAUUUUGGAUUAUAG